AUGGAUUGUAACGUAUGACAGGAUAAGUUGCCAUCUUUAUGGCUUGACUAACAAUAGCAUAGAUAUGUAUCCAAACCCGAAGCUUCGAGACUUGGACUUUCCGGUGUCUCUCAAAACGGUGCAACAUAUCUUCGGGUCGAUUAUUGGUCGAAACUAAACCCGGCUGGUGCUGGAAGAAAGAGUGUUCGGAUAACUUCGAAGAAAUCAUGGACUCAUGGACUCUUCGUUGCGGAUAUUGCCCAUAUGCCGGGUGGAAUUUGUGGGACUUGGCCUGCGUGUGAGUCUUUCUAUCCUGCUAAGGGAAACCAUUGCUUACACUAGGGACAGGGUGGAAACUUGGACCUAAUUGGCCCAACAAUGGUGAGAUUGAUAUUAUUGAGGGUGUUAACAGUAACAGCAAGAAUACUAUGGCUCUACAUACGUAAGUUUGAUGCUUUCAUAGGUAAUAUUGACAGCUAAUCCUUCGUAGAUCUGCGAACUGUCGCAUGACUCCAACCCAUCAGCUCGGCACGCCGCAAGAUACCAAUUGUGAUGGCACUACAAACAGCAAUGCUGGUUGCUCAGUUCGCUCAACCAGCAAGUUGACUUAUGGAAAUGAUUUCAAUGCCAUAGGCGGUGGUGUAUAUGCCAGUGCGUAUCCGUUCCUACUAUACUAUCAAGCUUGAUACUGAUUCCGAACCAACAGUGGAAUGGAUGUCGCAAGACAUCAAAAUCUGGUUCUUCCCGAGAGGUGGUAUUCCAAGAAACCUUCAGAGUGGUCGACCGGAUACGAAGGACUGGGGAACUCCACAAUCGUAUUACACGGGAAAUUGUAACAUCGAUUCACAUUUCAAGGGUCAUAAUAUUGUGUUUGAUACUACGUUCUGUGGUGAUGUGAGUUAUUGUUUCCCGCACAAAUUCUCAGUUGCGAUGGUUACUGAUUUCAUGAAUCUAGUGGGCAGCUAAUGUCUGGUCAUCUGAUCCUACUUGUUCGAAAUUAGCACCGACUUGCAAUUCCUAUGUUGCUAACAAUCCGUCGGCUUUCAAAAAU